UUUACCUUUUUUUUAAAAGACAUAAAAGUGUGUAUCUGUUUGCCUGCUUUAAAAAAAACACAAAGAUUAUAUCGAAUGCUUAAUUAUUUUGUAAAUAAACGACAAAGUGACAAAAAUAAAAAUACAGUAAAUACAACACAUGAUUACAAUAAACCAUCAUUUUUGAAGUUAUUCAAAAAAAAGCGCAAUACAUCUUUAGAAGAAGGAAAUAAUGUGGAACCCAAAACAACUUCAUCUACUACAAAAGAUAUAAGAAAAGAGAGUAGAGUGAUACGUAGAGAAUCAGAUUUACACUUUUAUGAAGGAGGUGUUCGUACUAAAUACAAGACUGCCAUCAAAUGGGUUGGAAGAGUAGGCUUCAUUGCAAAAGGUGUUGUCUAUGGUUGCAUAGGUGUACUGACCUUGACUAAUCUGUCAGGCGCAUGGACUCCUAAUGGCAGUGAAGGAAAUGAAUCUCCUCAGGGCGCUUUUCUAUUGUUAGGUGGUAUUCCGGCUAUUGGUAGAACCAUUUUGAUUGUGAUGGCUGUUGGGUUAUGUUUAUACAUCAUAUGGAGAUUCUGGGAAGCAAUCACUGGCCAGGGCAGCGAUGCAUCAUUCAGCAAAAAGAAAAACUUUUUUCGCUAUCGUCUAUCGCCAUUCGUGAGCGGGUGUGUUUAUACAGCUUAUACAUACUAUGUAGUGCACAUGAUAUUUCAAACAGAAGAAGAACAACAAGCAUCGGCAUCGAGCAAGACGUUUCCCGCUUCAUGGGCAGAAUCUGGAAUUGGAAAGGCAGGCAUUGCACUUUUAGGCAUCGCUUUUCUUAUCGCUUUUUUUACACAAAUGAUCAAUGCUAUCAAAGGAACAUUCAUCAAAGAUUUGAAAACAAGCGAGCCUGAUGCUCGAAAAUGGGAAGCAUUCAUUGUUCAUUGGAUGGGCCGUAUCGGUUUCUUUGGUCGUGCUGCUCUCUUUGGUACCCUAAGCGGCUUCUUUUGGGAUUCACUAGCACAAAGAAACGAGUCUGGAUCAAAGAACAUGGUUGCGGCUGCUGUUAGCAAGCUAGCCAAUUCAGGUGGUGGUCGAUUCUUUAUGGGCUUGUUGGGUGUCACACUUGUCAUUUACGCUUGUUUUGCUAUAUCCAAUGCCUAUUACAAGUACUUUCCAACUCCUCCACCCACACGUCAAGAGUUUUAUACAAAUGGAUUUGUUCAUCCUGAAUUAAGUGACGAUGAUUUGGAACAGCAGAGAAGGAGAGUGGAUAGAAGCAAUGAUACCCGUACAUUUCCAUUCUCCAUUCGACACUUAUUCUCCUUCUUCAAAAAGAAGAACGAUACUGAAGAGAGUGAAAAAUAAGUAUACUUCCUAUACCCUAUUAAAUAAAUUAAUGCCACG